GGUCGUGGUACAUUUAAACCUGAUGGCAUCGUGGGAGGAUCAAUUGGGUCCAAGUGGUUCUGUUACUGCCAAGUUAUCUCAGUUGGAUGUAAAUGCACCAGAGUUUAUACCUGGUCAGCCAUUUUAUUACAAACCUACGGAAUUGAUUUCUUGUAAUACGGAAAGUGAACCAUCUACCCAAACCGUAAAAUUCAUUAAUGUGCUUGAUGAAGAAACAGAAGUUGGACCUGAAAAAGAUGAAGACCUCCCCAAAAAUACCAUAGCUAUCGCUCCGGACAAAGACACACUUAAUUUGGUAUUUAUUGGACACGUCGAUGCUGGAAAAUCAACAAUUGGGGGUCACCUACUGUACCUGACAGAUAUGGUAGACAAAAGAACUCUGGAGAAGUAUGAGCGUGAAGCAAGAGAAAAGAAUCGAGAGAGUUGGUAUUUGUCAUGGGCUUUGGAUACAAACCCUGAGGAACGCGAUAAAGGUAAAACGGUUGAAUGUGGUCGAGCCUACUUCGAAACCUCUAAAAAGCGAUUUGUCUUAAUUGAUGCUCCUGGUCACAAAUCCUUCGUACCCAACAUGAUAUCAGGUGCAGCAAUUGCCGACAUCGCCAUACUUGUGAUAUCGGCUAGGCGUGGUGAAUUCGAAACGGGGUUUGACAAAGGCGGACAAACCAGAGAGCACGCUUUGUUAGUGAGAACUACCGGUGUUAAACACUUAAUUGUGUUAGUCAAUAAAAUGGAUGAUCCAACCGUUUUGUGGGAUGAAACUCGUUACAUGGAAUGCAAGGACAAAAUUUUACCAUAUCUAAAGAAGAUAGGGUUUGACAUAAAGAAUGACGUAUAUUGUAUGCCGUGCUCAGGAUAUAAUGGAGCGUUUCUUCGGGAUAUUCCAGACGAAUCAGUCUGCUCAUGGUAUAGAGGUCCUAGUUUACUGGAGCACCUCGAUAAUCUCCCCAGCUUUCCACGGAAUACAGACGGCCCUUUAAGAUUUACCGUCACCGACAGAUACAAAGAAAUGGGUACAUUUGCCUCUGGGAAAGUUGAAUCUGGAUCAAUAUCGAAAGGCCAAACGAUAGUAUUAUUACCCAAUAAAUUGAACGUGGAAGUUAUGCAGGUGUAUAUCGGAGAUGUGGAAGUCAAUUGUGCUUCUGCUGGAGAACAUUGUAAGUUAAAACUGAGGAAUAUUGACGAGGAAGAUAUCAAUCCUGGUUUUUGUUUUUGUUCCCCGAAUAAUUUCUGCCAGGUUUCAAAUCUAUUUGAUGCACAUCUACUGAUUAUGCAGUAUGACUCUAUCAUUUCUUCAGGUUUUAUGGCUGUGCUUCAUAUUCACACAUGUAUGAAAGAAGUAUCUAUUCGUAAGAUCAUCUGUCUAUUAGACAAAAAGACUAAUGAAAAAACGAAAAUAUAUCCCAGGUUUAUCAAAGCAGGUGAUGCUGCUAUUGUACGAUUUGAGGUUUUAGGUGGACCAAUUUGUCUAGAAACAUUUCAAAACUUUCCACCACUAGGACGUUUCACUUUACGUGAUAAAGGGGAAACAAUUGCCAUUGGAAAAGUUGUUAAAAUUUUAAACCCUUCUGACCAGUGAAAUUAUGUAUGUUUUGAUCCACAAAAAGCAUUAUUAUCCAAAUUCGUAAAUAUGGUAUUUAUAUUUGAUCUUUUUCACUCGAAUGUGAUUUGAAGUUGUCAAGUCUCCACUUGUACUAAUUUAAGUAUUUUCUGCUCUGGUGUUCGUUUUUUUAUCAGUUUAUUCAAAUCGUAUUAUUUAUGUUAUUAUUAAAAUAGUUUUUUAUUAACAAAGGUAAAAUCUAUAGUUUGGAUGAACAAGAUAAAGUUUUGUUGGAAUAAGCCCCAUUGGUGUAUUGAAUGUUUUCGAAUGUGCUGUAUGCAAAACGUUUUUCGAUUAUAAAGUGAAAAAUAAUCAAAUUGUCAAAAUAUCUUGGAAAUUUAUUCAGAUCGUAGAUAGCUAAUUAUUGCUGUUUUUCUGAAGGAUUGGCCAGCUAAAUCCAUCUUGCCAUAUUUUAACUUUUAAAUCCCAGUUCUGUUACUAUUAACUUGCUACGAAUAAUUGAUUUAAAUAUUUUGAAGUGAAACUGUUAAUGAGCUGUCUAACUUUAUUGUUGCUAAUUAUAGAGCUAAAGAGCAAUUUCUGUAAUUAGUAGGAAUGUUUCUUGCUGACCGUUUCGGAAAAUCAAAUAUCAGUAAUGAAAGAC